ACAAAAAUUCGAGAAGCCACCUCGAACAGAGAUAAUAAUGCCUUACAAAAAUCUACGUUAGAGAUUUAUCACCCACCGACCGAUACGCAUAAAAAUUCUUAUUCAAUUUCUUCUUUAAAUAUUGUAAUUCUACUUUGUAAAAAGGAUUUUGAUGAACGGGAUCAUAUUGCGAGUGGAGGAGGCACGCAAAGUCAUGAGGAAGAAGAAUCAUGUGGAAAAGAGAGAGAAUGGUCAUCGUUAAAAUUUCAGUAUAUCCCUCCUAGUACUAUUGACGUGGAUAUCAAAGAUGUAAUGAAUGAAGAGUACAAAGUCGUUGAUACCAAAUCAAUUGUGAUGGAAGAAAAAUGGUUUCUUACGAGUGAUAAUAUAAGAAAAUGUGACGAAGUCGUGAGCAAAGAAUCGAAAUGGAAUAAAGUUUUAUCACCAAAAAUCGUGGCAAUGAAAGCUGUGAGAGAUAGAGAUGGCAUAAUUAUCCAUGUAAAAACCAAAAAUCAACCGAUAUUACCUACCCUAUCGUCAACUUCCACGUCUGCUAUCCCUCCCGUGCCAUGA